UCGAUCCAAAAUGGACUCUCCGCAGUUCUCUUUCUAGAGUUUUUUCUAGUGUUCACCAUUUGACGACCAACCUUCGAAGUUGGUUUCGAAAUUAUGUGACCGUAAGAAAAGUUGUCGAACAUAUAUUCCACUUUAAAAGUGUAUAUUCUUUGAUUUUAUAACAUUUAAUAAAAAAAAUGUUAAUGGAAAACAUGAAAAUUCGAUUUGUUUACAUUUUGCAGUUAGGCCCUUUUCCAAUGUAGUUUUGCUCCGGAGCAAUUUCCGUGUAUUGUUUGAUUCAGUUCACUUUGUUUAAUUUAAAUGCUCAUUUCAAGUAAAAAAUUAGUAGUGGCCAAAACGAAACAAACAAUUCUCAGUUAUGGAGCAAAUAUGUCGUUUUUGCUUGAAAAAUUAUACCAAGUCAAGCAUAUCGCUAAGUGACGAUGCUAUUCAGUGCAAAAUAAAAACACUGUUUACAUUUCCUCUGGAAAGUGGUCCUAGUCUACCCAACAUGAUUUGCGAGGAAUGCACAUCUAAGAUCGACGAGUUCUAUACCUUCUCGGAAAUGGUUCGCAACAACGAGCAGCAACUCUUAUCCAGAGAGACUGUAGUUCCAAAGGUAGAAGUUGUGGAAUUGGACCGUUCCCUGAUCAAAGAAGACAAAUUAUCCAGUGAUUCUGAGGAAAAUGAGAGUAAAACGUUUGAAGUACAGGUGGAGUUUAUACAGCUAAAAACUAAAAUCGAAGACGAUUCAGAUGAAACAGACGAUGGAACUCCUGUGGCUGUUAGAUGCCAAAAACGAAUCAAUACAAACAGUUUAAUUAAAGAGGACAAUACUUUAAAGUGCGACAAAGACUCAUUCAAAUCCUUACAAGAGUUGAAGCGGCACACCCUUACGGAUCACCGCAAAUCAGUCACCAUCAACACUCUCAGAAAUAAGCACGGUAUCUUGAAUCAUAUUCAACAUUCUGAUCCGAGCCGCUUUCAGUGUGCUAUAUGUCAAAAAAGUUUCAAGACUAAAUACACACUCGAACGGCAUUGCUCAAUAGUGCAUGGCAUCGAAAAAUCUAAACGCUUCAGGUGUGACCAAUGUGAUGCAAGCUUUCACGAAUUAUCUGAACUUAAAGAUCAUCGUGAAAUUCACGAAAAGUUAGAGUGUCACAUUUGCCAUCAAGUAUACUUGACUAAAACUGCACUAAGAAAGCAUCUUUCUCGCAUUCAUGAGACCACUAAAGAAAAUUUUAUUUGCGACAGCUGUGGGGAAGGAUACCGUAACAUAUCGUUGCUAAAUCGUCACAUCAGCAGGACCCAUUUAGGCCAUCGGGAAGAGAGAGUUCAAUGUGACACGUGUGAUACCUGGGUCAAUAAAUGUAACAUAAAGAAGCACAUCGAUACGGUUCACAGUGGAAUAAAUGCCGCGGUCACCUGUGACAUUUGCCACCAAGUAUAUCCGAACCGCAAAUCGAUGGUCACCCACAAGUGGCGUGUUCACGUGGAGGAAAAGUUUCAGUGCGAGUAUUGCGAUAGGAAGUUCAAGCGAAGGGUCACUUUACAGGAACACCGAGCAUCUCACACGGGCCAAAGGCUGUACCAGUGCGAUCUGUGUGGAAUGUCCACAAAUUCGAAUGGAAACCUGUACUCGCACAAGAAAAACAAGCACCCGGACGAGUGGAUGGAAGCCAAGCGGAAAUCCACGGGAGGGUUUUUAGAUGAGGCACAAAAUCAAUAAAUUAAGGUUUACUCACCUCUAUA